AAUUUAAUCUUACGCGCUCUUUAAAGAAGCAUCUCUCUCUUUUUUUGUGUGUGUGUGUUUCAUCAUGGUAGCAACAGACGAUGGAGUUGCUAGUCAAGAUGACUUGAUUUAUUCAGCACAACAACAACCUUAUGAUGAUAUUGAUCCAGACUAUGACAAUGGACCUGAUGCUAUUCCUCAAGUACUUGACUUGGACUUGAGAGGAACUCACAUCAGACUUGAUAGAGACACACUUGUUAGUCUACCAGAAAGUUUAUUGGUUGCCAUGUUUCCUAAUGGACUUGUGCUGGGCAGACGUGAUCCUUCCAGUUAUGAUACUGAAGAAGAAGACUCAGAUGAUUUUGAUUCAGAACAAGAUGAAGAAAACAAUGCGAAUUUGACCACUUUUGUUGAUUUCGAUGCUGCUUGUCUCAAAUACGUGUUACAGUUCUAUCAACAAGCACAAGAAAAAAAAGAGACAGUGACAGACUCGUCUGUCUUUGCAUCUACACCUGCUGCUCAGUACUAUCCUUCCUUAUUGGAUAAACAGCCCAUCAUUGUUCUUCGAGAAGAACUUGAAUACUAUUGUGUCUGCAAAACAAAGAAUCCCCAACAGAUCAAAUUGGCUUUUGGACAGUAUUUGAAGCAAUACGACCAAGUGUUCUCUGCAUUACAAAAGAACAUUGCCCGAGAAAAUAACGUCGCAGAGCAGCAUUUGAUUGACAUGUUAUGUGAUGCUGGAUUCACAAGACAAGAUAGUUGGGGUUAUCGUGAAUUGGAGCCCAACAAGACAUGUAUUAACAGCAUGAGUCUUGUCUUAUUGAAAACAACAGGUCCUAACAACCAUAUGGCAACAGCUCAGAAACUGCUAUUGUUCUGGAGAAAACCAGCAAGAAAAUGCUGGUGGGAUGGAAGUACAGUAGAUAUUGAAAGUGAAUCCAUUCGUUUAUGGGCAAGACGUACUUGGACAUUAGAACUCGCUUUGAUUUAAAAAUGCAUAAAAAUACCAUAUAUAUAUAUAUAUUUUACAUUAUAAUUCAUAAUA